UACACUCAAGCCUCCUCCGUUGGCGGAGCUCUCAAAACUAUCGCAAUGAUACCGGCAGAGUAACCGGGAAGCUGGUAUGAGCUUGAUCAACACUGUCGUAGAGUUGUGGAAAUCUAAUGUUGCUAAGUAAAUGCCAAGAUGGCCGGAACGUUACCAGAUCGAUCAGUUGUUGAUUUACACCACAAUGACUUCCUGACUUGUGGCAUCUGUCAAGAAUUGAUCACAGAUGCCAGAAUCCUGCCCUGCCUCCAUUCCUUCUGCUUUAGGUGCAUAUGCGCGCGCACAGAGUCACAUCAGUCUGAACAAAGACCAGCACUCUGUCCAGAGUGUCGAGAACCAAUUUCAGUUGAGGCAGAUUCCUUCAAGAAUAAUUUCUUCAUCAAUGGACUCGCUGAACUUGUAAGAUCUAAGACAGCCAAGUCAAUGCAAUGCACGCCAUGUGGGUUGAAAGGACGAUCCUCCCCAGCAGAAAUGAAGUGUCUCAACUGCGGCGAUGGCCUCUGUACAGACUGUUCCGAUGGACACAAUGCUUCAACCCAAACACAUGGCCAUCAGAUUGUUUCUUUAGGAGACCUCAGGGAAGGACUGCAUGAUGAAACGUUCAGACAGUUACAGAGAAUUCAAUGUCAACAGCACCAGGACAAAGAUGUGGAAUACUUUUGCCAAUCUUGUCAUUUACCAGUCUGUAUAGCAUGCGUUAUUUUUCUCCACAAGGACCACAACACUCAACCUAUCACAGAAGCUGUAAGCUUUUUGAAGUCAAUGAUGAAGUCUAAGGUUGAGAUCAUUCGCAAAGAAUUCAAGGAAGUUUCCAAACAAGAAAUGAGUAUCUUAUCUUUGACAAAAGCAUUAAAAAAAAAGAGAGAAUUAAAAACAUCUCGCAUUGAAGAAACUGCGGAACGAGAAAUUGCCAUAAUAAAAAGCAGACAACACGAUUCACUGAGAAAACUUUCCACUGAAACGAAAGAAAUAGAGAAGGAACACAACACCAUGUUACAAGAACUCUCGCAACAGAAAAAUAGGAUUGGCAGUUGUGUUGACUUCUGUGACAGCAUCCUGGAGACAGGCAAGGAUGACGAGUUACUGAUGCUGAAGACGACCAUUGUGGACAGACUCCAACAGCUCAAAGGACAUGCCAUGGCUAUUCACAAGACGGAUGCAUUGACUGUUGCAAAGGAUGAUGAACAGAACGAGAAACAGGACAAAAAGCAGACAACACAGAGUGAAGCCAGUGUAUCACAGACCAUAUCUAUUCCAUCGAGAUACAAUAUGAAAUUCCAAAGAACAUUUUCUGCAAAAUUUAAAGGUGAUACAAAGAACCCUAACAUCAAAGGAACGGCAUACAGUUUCGGUGCUGGGCUGUUGAUAUCAGAUCUAGCCAAUAAAAAGGUCAAGAUGAUCAACUCUUGUGGUAAGUUGAAACAAGAAAUCACCGUGGAUGGAUUCUAUCCCCGUGCAAUUGCUGUUGCUGGGGACAUCAUUGCUGUGGUCAGUGAGAAUUAUUUGUGUAUUUUCACUUUAAAGGGUCAUCUACGAACAAAGGUCAAACUGAACAAGAAUAAACCAGAUGAAGGUCUACCCUUCACAUACAGUCUAGCUGCGUCUGACGAUGUUGGGAUUGUGGUUGGCAAUAUUCCUGGUGACAAAAGAUUUCACGUCUACAACCUGGAUGGCACGCUGAAGAAGUAUUUAGACUGCAGCAUCCGGUUCCCCCUGGCGUCUCUGUCAGUCACCCCUGAAGGGGAUAUAGUCAUGAGUGAAUGGGGAAGUGGAAGUCUAAGAGUCCUAUCAAGUGGAGGGAAGGACAGGUGGAGCAGUAGGGAAUAUGAUACUGGGUGGAAACCCAAUGGGACUUGUGUGUCACGUGAUGGAACCAUUUUCGCUGCGGACUACCAUUUGGGAGGAGUCCGCGUUUAUAGCUCAAGUGGUAAAAAAUGUCUUCAGUACAAAACAAAACGUGAUGGGCUGCAUUGUCCCAGUCAUGUUGCUUUCGAUGAGGAGGGAUCACUGUAUGUGAUUGAUGCUAAAGAUGGGAUAAAUAAAUACACCGUAUGAAGCUAUGAAGCAAACAGUUGAGAAGCAUUAAGCUCCAUUUUAUUCAUAUUAUCAGUGGAAUGUUUUCUUGAGAACAACGUGGCGAAUAUACACAUCAGCAUUUUUAAGUAGCUCGGGAUUGUUCAUUGACAGUGGAUUUCAAGGAAAGGGAAAUAUUGGUGGUAAAAAUAGUUCUGUUAUAUCUGUUGCAUAUGGAAUUUCCUAUUUCGACAACAGAUUUCUCACAUUCUUCCUGGGUUUUUACGCAUCCCUUCAUGGCGUUAUACUGAUUACAAAUGAUUCUGUAAAGCAAGUUUGUAAAUUUAUGUUAUUUGCGAUCAGGACCAGAAGUUAAUCUUAAUGAAUAUAUAAUUUUCCGGACUUGUCACUAAGGACAUUGACAUGACGUGUCAAUGAGGAGAUUGACAUGACGUGUCACUAAGGAGAUUGGCAUGACGUGUAAAUGAGGAGAUUGACAUGACGUGUCACUAAGGAGAUCGGCAUGAUGUGUCAAUGAGGAGAAUGACAUGACGUCUCACUCAGGAGAUUGGCAUGACGUGUCACUAAGGAGAUUGACAUGACGUGUCACUAAGGAGAUUGGCAUGACGUGUCAAUGAGAAUGACAUGACGUGUCACUAAGGAGAUUGACAUGACGUGUCACUAAGGAGAAUUACAUGACGUGUCAAUAAGGAGAAUGACAUGACGUGUCACUAAGGAGAUUGACAUGACGUGUCGCUAAGGAGAAUGACAUGACGUGUCACUAAGGAGAUUGACAUGAUGUGUCAAUGAGGAGAAUGACAUGACGUGUCACUAAGGAGACUGACAUGACGUGUCACUAAGGAGAAUGAAAUGACGUGUGAAUGAGGAGAUUGACAUCACGUGUCACUAAUGAGAUUGGCAUGACGUGUCAAUCAGGAGAUUGACAUGACGUGUCAAUGAGGAGAUUGACAUGAUGUGUCACCUGGAUAAGAUCGUCUCAUUACAUUAUGCCACGCAAUAGAUUGAAAUCUGCUGUCAAUAGUGGAUUCCGUACAAUAACAGGAAUGCGACUCUACAGAUAAAAGCUGACUCUGUGCAGCCCGCCUGAAAGCAAGGCGUCCUGUGAAGGGUGUGACCAUUACAGCUUACCACAGCCGGCAAAGAUUGGGAUUGGCCAAGGCAACAAUUCUUGACCAUGAUCGGUAUGGGGAAAGUAUCACACAUGGCAAGCGAACUGAUUUCGUUAUUAUGAAUGGAUAUUAGACUGGGCAGCGAUACGUUGAUCCCAGUCUGGGUAGCUCUUCGGGCGUAAUGGCGGGCAAUGCCAAGGGCAAUCAUGCACAAGUUAAUCAACAUUAUACCAUCAAGGUGUCGUGCAUGAUAUUGAUCUACACAACCGAAAUAAAUUUUUCAGACAUUUAUUGUCAUUA